GGGGGGCUGGAUCUGUAAGACCGAAGACUCGUCACGAUGAGGAAGGGGGUGUUCUUUCAGUAACACAAGGAGGCUCGGAUGCAGCCUGGACUCUAUCCCCUGGGAUCAAUCUUCAGUUCGGUCUUCGACACCAGUUGGUCGGUUGCAGUCGUGGAUGUGGAGAUGAGUGCGUGUGUGUGUGUGUUAGAUGGAUUUUUGUUGACACUACCAGGAGUCCUAGAGAGUGUAGAGGCCUACGUAGUGUUGCUGCCGAGGUGUAGGAGGAGGACGUCUUGUCGGGGAGCAGGGCUGCAAAUCCAAGAGGAGGAGGAGGAGGAGGAGAAGGAGGUUUGGGGGGUGAUCUUGGUGUUGGGUGAUUGGUGGUGGCAGACAUGAGUGGAGCCAGUGCCUGUGAUGUCAUCUUCAUCUCGGUCAGCCAUAGCACCACACUGAUGGGGAAGGUGUGGCUGGUCAUCAUGGUGUUCCUCCGGGUCCUCGUCCUGCUGCUGGCCGGCUACCCGCUCUACCAGGACGAGCAGGAGCGCUUCGUGUGCAACACCAUCCAGCCGGGCUGCGCCAACGUCUGCUACGACCUCUUCGCCCCCGUCUCCCUCUUCCGCUUCUGGCUGGUGCAGCUGGUGUCCGUCUCCCUGCCCUACCUCGUCUUCGUAGUCUACGUGGUCCACCGGGUCCUGUGCGGGCUGACCGCCGGCCCUGCUCCUCCUCCAUCUCCCUCUGCACCUCCCCUUCCUCCGCCCCAGGACGUCGGGAGGGCUGGGAAGGACCCGCCCGGGACGGCAUCGGCGGCGGCGGCAGCCCUGCGUGCCGAGCUCGGCCCCGGGCGGCGGUGCUUCGCGGGGGCCUACCUCCUGCAGCUGGUCUUCCGCAUCCUGUUAGAGGUGGGCUUCGGCGCCGCCCACUACUACCUGUUUGGCUUCCACAUCCCCAGCCGCUUCCUGUGCCAGCAGGCGCCGUGCACCACCCAGGUGGACUGCUACAUCUCGCGGCCCACCGAGAAGAGCGUGAUGCUGUGCCUCAUGCUGGGCGCCGGCGUGCUCUCCCUGGGGCUCAACGCGCUGGACGUGGUGUGCGCCGUCAAGCGCUCGGUGAGGCAGAGCGCGAGGAGGAGGCGGCGGCGGCGGAGGACGCGUGUGGAGAAGCUGUACGAGGAAGAGCGCUAUUACCUCAUCAACGGUGGGAGCCACAGCGGCAGUGGCGGCGGUGGUGGUGGGGGCGGUGGGGGUGACAGUAGGGGGGAGGAGGAGGACGGCGGCCACGAGGUCGGUUCACUGGUGCACCACGAGGCGGCAUCGACGGGAGGAGCGUCCCGCCCCGGAAGCUUCCGGAAGCGGGGGCCGAGCAAGGCCUCGAGCGUCUGCGGCCCCGUCCCCGACCACUGCUCGGUACGGGGCUCCCUGGUGGCCCUCACCCCGUUGGCCCCCCGCGGCCUGAACACCAACAACGGCAACAACGGCUACGGGCAGGCCCAGCGGGAGGAGGCGGCACCCCACGGCAGCGACGUGGCCCCCGGACCCCCCUCCGAGCCCCCCACCACGCCCCGGUCCAUCCGCGUCAACAAGCAGGGCCGCCUCAAGCCCCCUCCCCCGCCGCGGCGGGACCCCGCCGUGCCGCCGCUGGGGUCGUUCGGGGUCAUCUCCAAGGCGACAGCGGACAGCGGCAGCAGAAGGGGCGGUCAGUACACUCAGGUGGAGCUUGGCGGUUGCCAGGACGACGGCCAGGCGGAGAGGUCGGAAUGGGUGUGAGCCUGAUGCUUCGCCACUUCCUGGUUGAGGAGCGAUCAGAUUGAGAGAGAGAGAGAGAGAGAGAGAGAGAGAGAGAGAGAGAGAGAGAAGAAGGGGCGAGGGAGCGCAGGAUGUACAGGGCUUGGGGGCUUCAGGCUGUGGGGGCCGCUGUAACGUUACCAUGGGGACAUCGGUCUGAAGAGGGCGGCAGGCGGCCCACGCUGGAGGAACUUCAGAGUGGACACGUUGGUGGCCUGAGGAUCCCAGUGCAACAAGGAUGAGAAGGAGGGAAAUGAGUUGCAGGGAGAGAGCGAGGGGCGGUAAAAAAAGAAAGAAGAAUGUUGGCACGGACACCUUGACCGAACUAGUCAGGACUUGUAGGACACACACACACACACACACACACACACACACACACACACACACACACACACACACACACACACACACACACACACACACACACACACACACACACACACACACUCUACCUUACGAACUCGUAAGGCCAGUGUGUCCUUGACCCGGGUCUAAAAGUGGACGGGCCGCCACCUGCUCUGGUCCUGUUGGUUCUGUCCCUCCACACCUCCCCAGCCCUGAUCCGACGCGCAUCCACAAGACCCCCCCCCCCCCCCAAGACACACACACACACAAACACAGACACCCAUGGAGACACAUACACACACGCGGAUGCAUACAUGCACAUGCACAGACACACACACAAAUGCACAGACACACACACACACAGACACACACACAAACACACACGUGUCACAUGCACAUCCACACAGACAUUCCCACAAACAUUCGCAUAAACACACAAGACGCUAUUGCCUUUGAGCUUAGACCACUAGAGGUGAUGGGGGGGGGGGGGGGGGGGGUCACCUACAAUGUGUAAAGUGUCUGACCUCGGGCCCUUUGGGGGUCUCCCCUGUGCUCUGGAGUACAAACAGCCUCCUGCUGGUCAGUAGAGCUCAGCCAUGGGAACUGAGGUGCUUUCACUUCUGAGUUUCAACCGGGAUUAAAACUGAAUUAUAAACCCUGACAGAAGUGACGGGCGUUUAUGAAUCGUAACCCCACCCCCCCUCUGCCUCCCACUUAUGCUCUCUAACUCGUUCCCACACACACACACACACACACACACACACACACACACACACACACACACACACACACACACACACACACACACACACACACACACACACACACACAGGGGCUCACAAAGCAAUUACGGCCCAUGGCAGGGGUCUGUAUUUAUGGAGACGGCUUGUCACUCUAUUUCAGGGUCCUGGUGGGGCUGCGAGUGCACACACACACACACUGUGUGUGUUACAGUGGAAACACUGCACCCACAGCACAGUUCUAUGACACACACACCGGUAUGAUGUCCGUCGGCCCGCCUGCCCCUCCCCUUUAAGUGCUCCGUGAUUCACCCCAGUGCAGGUCUGUUGUUAUCCCCAGCGUCUUGGGGAUAAGCCAGUGUAUGAGGGGGGAGACCUUCACCGAUGGGUCUGUCUGUCUGUGCCAGUUGAGCUGUUUGCACCUCAAGCGCACAGUGUGAUAACACGUGGACGUGGUAUGCGGUGAAACCCUUCUGAGAGACGCACCGUUUUGGUUUGGGAAAGAGUUUUGGUUUUGUGAUACCCCUUUUUGUUUUUCAUGUCUCUCAAGUUAAGUUGCAUCUGCCUGCGGAGCAAGGCUAGCCUGUAAUGCACUGAAAGACGUGCGUUUGUCUUUAUUUCCAUUUUUGUGUAACGUAUUUGCACAUAUUAUUAUAUUUUGGACACGUUGUUCGGUUAGUGUCACUUUGUACAUUUGAUUUGAUGGCCACAUCAUCGAAAUUCCUGAUUUGUUCUGUCAAACAUCAAAUCACCUUUCCUUUCGGUUUCACCAAUCUACGCUCCUACAUAGAUCAUUCAUCUAUGUAGGAGCAUCAUCUAUGUCUUAGUGUCCCUGACAUUGUCUGAGGAGGGGGCGUUCCUGCGAGCCAAGAGGAAUAUGGCUCAUCGCUGUGGCUUGUAGCUUUGCAGUGAUCCCAUGUAAGUGUCUAUAGCUCGUGAUCUUGGGUUACGGUGAGCCCUCCAUCCAAGGUCAGUGCAGGGCAGAGACAUGAGAGCCCAUGUCGGCCUGCUUGUUCUUCGUAUGUCAGAUUGUAUUAUGGAUAAGUUGAGGCAUCCUCCAGGUACACUGGGGGUACUUUCCUCGCGAUAAUAUUUAUUUUAUUUCCUUCUAAAUUUCUUAAACAAUAUGUUUCCAUAUAAACCGGUUAUAUGUCUCUUUAAAUAUAGUGCGGGAAAUUCUGGGAAAUCAGCCGGAUUAAGCUAGAUUUUGAAAGUAAGCCGCCCAAUCAUUUAAUUCGGCCCCAAUUAAAUAAGGCUUAUUAUAGGCCUGCGACAAACAUAAGCACCAUGUAUUUAUUUAUUUUUAUUCUUUCUUUUGUCAGAUCAUUAUAUUUUUUUCUUGCUGUCGGGAUGUAAAGACAAUAUAAACAAUCAUGACAAUUAUUCUAAAUGAAAUGGCCUACCCUACCUUUAACGCAGUCAUUGUACGAAAAAAGCAUGUAGUAUUUUACCUAGUUUAAUUAAUUAAUUAAUUAAUUAUAUCUCCAUCUCAAAGUUAUCUUAUUUAUUAUUGAGCAUUGCUGAGGCUUGCUUUAUAUUGUAUCAGUGUUAUACCAAAGGUAAUGAGCUUUACAUCUGACUGUACCUAUUCUAGAGAUAAACAAUUAUGGCUCACAUAUUUCUUGUAAUAAUUGACACACUAGGAAACAUUGCAAGGCUUAGUUUUUUGGACUUAAUUCCAUUCUCAAGUCUAUAUAGCGCUGUAAUACUUUGAAGGGACAUGCUGCCCUCUGGUGGCAUACAAUGUGAAAUGCCUUUAUGUAGCAACAACUGUCCAACACUUGAAGUUUGUCAUUUAAUGUCUUGUAGUUAUGGUACCUGAUCAUUAAACGUUCACAUAACAUUGUGACUUA